GCGAUGUAGGCCUCCCUACAGCGCUGUCCAACCUAAGCCAAAAAUAUAGUGCAUUGGCAGAAAGUUUCAGGACAGCGAUGUUGACCCAGCAACAGCGCUGUCAAGCCAAAACUCCACCUUCAAAGGCAGACCUAAACAGCGAUGUUCUAACCGAAAACGAAUUUGAUGCCGAGGACAUCAAGAAGAUUGAAAACUAUGCAAAGGCCAUCAAUAUGCUAUAUUGCGCGGUCAACCCCGAUGACUACCGAAAGAUCUCCUGUUGCACAACCGCCAAGGAGAUGUGGGACAAGCUUGAAGUGACGUACGAAGGUACCGAUCAAGUUCGCGAAGCCAAGAUCGAUUUUCUCACCCAAGAGUACGAAAUGUUCCGGAUGAAAGAAGAUAAGAACAGGGCAGGAGCUUCCGGCAAAUCCAAGGCCAAAUCCCGGGCGCCUACGACAUCUACCGAGGAACGCCUCUACUAUGGUGACGGGUCAUACCUUUGGUUUGAUUCCGAAGAGGAACGCACCCGUUUCCUCACCUUCUUCUCUAAACGGGUUGUGGCUCCUCCACGGAUCAUCCGGAAGCGCUACCCGGAGCUGCAGGGCUACGACGACCUCGACGCGCAGCUUCAUCAGGCCGGCCUUUGGCCUUUCCUUGGGCGCAUCGCUGGCCUCCCCUACCAAGGUGACGACGUCUCCCUAUAUGGCGGAGAGGACUGGGUGCUCAACAACGAGGGCCUUAUCCUCAACGAGCUUGGCAUCACCGAGCUCAUCCGCCAUGCCUCGGGCUGCCCCACCAUCCACUCCGCUAACCCCGAAGGCCAUCUUCUUCUCUACAUCGUCUCCCAGAUCAUCAAACCCAGGAAGCACGGCCACACCAUCAUGUCCGGUGAAGAUCUCAAGCUCAUCCAUGCGAUCAUGCACUCGGCCCCAAUCAAUUGGGCAAAGUUUGUCAUGAUCAACAUGACGAUUGCCGCGUCCACCGACCACGAUCACCUCCUCCCGUACCCGUUCGUGGUGAUGGACAUCCUAGAAUGGUUCAUGGUGACCACCAUCGUUGGCCCACUCACAAAGGCCACGAAGAUUUGGGCGAUCAGCACCCAAACCUUCAAGAAGCGGUCGGACAAUGCCGGACCUUCCAUUGUUGUGCCACGACGCCGUUCUGCUGCUGGUCCAGCGAAGCCUAGGCCCGGGCCAACCUUGCCUCCAUCGCCGACUCCCUCAACCGGCUUCACUUCAAAGUUGACGAGAUGGAUGGCUACCUUGAGCGGCUCGACGAGGCUGUUCAACGCCAAGGGCACACCAUGAACACUUACUUCCAACGCGUCAACUACGUUCCCC